UGUGAACCUUCCUGUAUCGACUACAUGUCUAAGACAUAGGCGAUAGCGAUGUGCGGAUGUGUUAAACUGUUAAAGUCUGUGACGAAAAUAUGUAAAGUCAACCAAAUCAGAUGUUUACGAGUGUCGUGAAACAUCAACUAUCAAAUACUAGUGCACUUUAAGUGUUGUCUGUCAAGGAGAGGACAUGAGUGUUUAGAGUUAUUACUUUGUGUUGUGGUCCAACUGUAUUUGGAUGCAUGUGUAGUGUGAAAUAUUACACAACUUGCUCUUACUAAAUAGGAAUCGUGAGAUUACCUUUCUUGGGCUUGGGGUUGCACCAAUGUGGAAUGUAAGAGAAUCCUUAUGGGAAAACAAACGACAGAUUCUGAACACUGGCACCACCUGCCGACUGGAGAUUGAAAAUAGAAGAAGGAACAAGACAGCAUAAGUAACAAAGAUGUCUUCACCUGGGGCAACCAUUCAAGAAUAUUCCAUACGUGUUCCUAAGAAUGUUAAAAAGAAUUUCAAAGUGAUGAGAUUUAACUCCUCAGUGAAUGUAGAUUUCACAAAAUGGUCACAGGUCAAAAUGGAGAGAGAGAACAACAUGAAAGAAUAUAGAGGGCUAGACGAAGAACAACCAAAAUUUGGUGCUGGCAGUGAAUUUGGACGAGAUGCGAGAGAAGAAGCUCGGCGGAGAAAAUAUGGAAUAAAUACUAAGAAAUACCGUCCUGAAGAUCAGCCGUGGAUUCUGAAGAUUGGUGGUAAAACUGGCAAAAAGUUUAGAGGGACCCGUGAAGGUGGUGUUGCAGAGAAUGCUUCGUAUUAUGUGUUUACUCAUGGUCAGGAUGGUGUAAUUGAAGCAUUCCCAAUUCAAGAAUGGUAUAAUUUUCAACCCACACAGCGGUACAAGGCCUUGUCAGCAGAAGAAGCUGAACUAGAAUUUAGCAGGCGUAACAAACAAGUGAAUUACUUUUCGUUGAUGUUAAGAAAGCGUCUGAGAGGAGAUGAAGAAGCAGAAACUGAGGAAGGAGAAGAAGCAGGGAAAUCAAAAUCUAAAACAAAGGGAAAGAAAGGUGAACUUAAAAUAUCAGAAAUGGAUGACUGGAUAGAGUCUGAUGAUGAGAAAGGGUCUGAAAGUGGCGAAGAAAAAGAAUCAGAUGAGGAAGAAAAAGAGAAAAAGAAAAAGAAAGAAGAUCCAAAGAAAAAGAAAAAGAAAGAUCCUCUAGAUGAAGCAUUUGAGGAAAGUGAUGAUGGUGAUGAAGAAGGCAGGGAAGUUGAUUAUAUAUCAGAUUCAUCAGACAGUGUUUCUGAUCAUGAAGCAAAAGCAAGUAAAGAACUGAAAGGUGUGGCUGAAGAAGAUGCACUUAGAAAACUCCUUUCAUCUGGAGAAGAAGAUGAAGAUGAAGAAGAUAAAGAAAAAGAAGAAGGCAAAGACAGUGAAGGAGAAGAUAAACAGAAGGCUGAAGGUGCAGGAGGUACUAAAGAAGACAAGGAAAAGAAAAGUAAAAAGAAGAAACAUGAAAAGAAAAAGAAGGAUGAUGGAAUUGUUAAUGAUUCAUCAUCUGACAUGAGUUCCGAUAGUUCUGACUCUGAGACUGACAACAAGAAAAAGCAUAGCACUAACAAAACUCAAAAGGAGCCAAGUAGUGCUGCCAGUUCACGGUCCGUAACACCCACUAAAGAUACGACAGGACCAGAGAGCAAUAAACGGAAGUCAACAAUAGCUAUUGAGCAAAUGAUGAAUAAGAAGGCUCGGUUGGACAAUUUUGCGUCUGCCUCAGUUCCUACAUUGUCUUUGGGCAGUAACGAUUCUGGUAUUACAGAAGAUGCAGUAAGGCGAUAUUUGAUGAGGAAACCAAUGACGACAACAGAGCUGUUACAGAAAUUUAAGUCCAAAAAGACUGGUUUAACAUCAGAACAGUUGGUCAAUAUCAUGACACAAAUUCUUAAACGUAUUAAUCCUGUAAAACAAACAAUAAAAGGAAAAAUGUAUCUUUCAAUAAAGGCUUAGUGAUUAACAGUGGUAUUGAUGGAAAAUAAGGUGAAUUGUUCACCAUGAAAAGGAAUACAGCAGUGCAGAGGAGUAUGCAUGAAAACAUGUAAGGAAGUUGGCAAACUCUAGGAAAUAAAUAAAAACAGAUUUAUGAGUGAGAGGUGGUAUUUUUUAGAAAAUAUAACUUCAUUGUAAGACAGAUAUAAGAAACAAGAUAAAUUAAAAAUUAUUAUUAUUUUUUUCA